AUUCAUCCUCUUCUGUCAUUCGUUGCAAAGUGUGAUGUGAAGUGGUGCGGAUAAUUCAACAAAAAAAACCUUAAAUAAUUUGCGAUGAGGUAGCACCGGUUACUCAAAAAUAACUAAACAACAUCUAAGUAAUAUGCCUUAACUCUUUUGUGUUAUAAACCUUUAUAAUAAUUUUCGCGGGAAUGCCGAACAUUAAUAACACCUGCGCUGCCAAUGACGAAUAUGAAGUCAUUGGCGAGACGCAGUGGCAAAUAAUCGAGAGCAGCGGCGAUGAACAAACCAUAAACAUUCAUGGCUUCAAAUAUUCUAAAUUACGCGCUACUUUAUUACACACCGUGUGCAUAUUACUAUGUGGCUUACCAUAUUUUGCAUUGGCUUAUUACCCGUCCUACAAUCGAUUCAAAUACGUAAAAUGCAGUCUGAAAACGGCUAAGGAAAUUUGUGUUAUCGACUCUGAUGGAGGAUGGACUACAGAGAAAGUGCUUGAAGUCGACCUGAACUUAUCAAAUCAUAGAGAUAACAGGUUGCGUUACUUUAUGUUCAAACACAACCGGUUCAUUUGGCUUAACGACCAAGGAGUUUUUAUCAAUGUUCUUGCACUCAAUGAGAAGCUCACUAUCCAACUGCUGAUGGAGAAUAUGUCUGGUAUAAACAAACGGCAGCAAAACGAAUUGAUCAAACUGUAUGGUACAAACUCAGUAGAAGUGGAAGUAAAGAGUUACUGGACGCUGUUCGUCGAGGAAGUCUUCAAUCCUUUCUAUUUGUUCCAAGUUUUCUCCAUCAUUCUUUGGUCUUUGGAUGAAUAUUAUCAGUAUGCGACCUGCGUUUUCCUGCUGUCCGUUGCUACCUGUAUGCUGGCGUUGUAUCAAACUAAACAGAUGAGCAUCAAUCUCCACAAAAUGGCUGGUUCAACUAGUGCAUUCACUGUGACCGUGCUACGACCGACCCGCAUGGGCCGGGAGGAGUGCGUCGUGAACGCCAGUCGACUGGUACCCGGCGAUGUAUUAGUUCUUCCACCUGACGGGUGUGUGAUGCCCUGCGACGCCAUGCUUCUGACCGGAACCUGCAUUGUAGAUGAGAGUAUGCUAACAGGUGAAAGUGUGCCCGUAAUGAAAGGUCCUCCUUGCUCGUCACCUGAAAUAUAUUCAACUGAAGGGCACAAACGACAUACAUUAUUUGCUGGCACUCAUGUUAUGCAAACUCGAUUCUAUGGCAACAAUCAGGUUCUAGCUAAAGUCGUACGCACAGGUUUCUACACAGCUAAAGGAGAGUUGCUGAAAAGCAUUUUGUUCCCAAAACCCUUUGGAUUCCAGUUCUAUAAAGAUGCCGUCAAGUUUGUUAUAUUCAUGUUCUGCAUUGCCGCGAUUGGAAUGGGUUACUCUAUCUGGCUGUAUGUUGUACGAGGAAGUUCGAUUGGUACAAUAGUUCUCCGCACUCUAGACAUCAUCACGAUCGUAGUACCGCCCGCGUUACCCGCCGCCAUGACAGCUGGCAUAGUAUACAGUCAGAAUCGGCUCCGUAAAAACAGGAUCUUCUGUGUAUCACCACCUAGAAUUGUAAUAUGUGGCAAAUUACAAGUUAUGUGUUUUGAUAAGACUGGCACUCUAACUGAAGACGGAUUGGACUUCCAUUCAGUGAUACCGGUACGUUCAGGGGAGAAGUUUGGAGAGUGUGUGGUGGAAGUGAGCAGUCUGCCUGUGACCAGUCCACUCAUACAGGCCCUGGCGUCUUGUCACUCUCUCACCAGCAUACAGGGCCAGUUGAAAGGCGACCCUCUUGACUUGAAGAUGUUUGAAUUCACACAGUGGGUACUCGAAGAACCAGGACCUGAGAACACACGAUACGACAACUUGACACCCGUCAUUGUGAAGCCCGCUACAUCUGCCAAUGGAUCUAUGCAGAAUCUGGAUGACUUUGAUCCCUUUACUAUGGAAAUACCUUAUGAGAUCGGUUUAUUGCGGCGGUUCCACUUCUCGUCGGCACAACAAUCAAUGGGUGUUAUAACCAAUGUACUGGGACAGCCACAAAUGGUUUACUUCGUCAAAGGUGCUCCUGAAAAGGUGGCUGGUAUGUGCAAUCCGGAAACACUCCCAGAGAAUUUUAGUUCGGUCCUGAACGAGUAUACAUCCAACGGUUUCCGUGUAAUCGGUCUUGCGCAUAAGAAACUCGAUCGCAAAAUGAAAUGGGUCGACGCACAACGGGUCAAGAGGUCGAACCUUGAGUGUGAUAUGGCGUUCUUAGGCUUUCUAGUCAUGCAAAAUAGCCUGAAGCCAGAGACAACUCAAGUGAUUAGAGAACUCCACGAAGCUUCUAUGAGACUGAUCAUGGUCACCGGGGAUAACAUAAUGACGGCAAUGUCUGUGGCCCGGGGCUGUCUCAUGGUGCAGCCUCACCAGAAACUGGUCCUUAUCACCACGGAACAACCGCAGACCAACGACUCACGCCCGCCUCUUUGUAUGGAAGUGGUGGGCGAAGGAGCGCCGCCUAAGUUGGCAUUAGAUGCCUAUGUGUUAGCUCUCGAGGGUAAAACUUGGGCUGUGAUACGUACUCAUUACCCCGAGCUAAUGCCGGCGGUGCUCUCUAGAGGAAUGGUAUUCGGUCGUUUCGGUCCGGACCAGAAGACGCAGCUUAUAACAGCGUUGCAGGGCGAGGACGUCGUGGUCGGCAUGUGCGGGGACGGAGCCAACGACUGCGGCGCGCUCAAGGCCGCCCAUGUCGGGAUCUCGCUCUCGGAGGCUGAUGCAUCGGUGGCUGCACCAUUCACAUCUCAAGAGCAGAACAUUAAAUGCGUGAAACUCCUCGCCUUGGAAGGGCGUUGUGCUUUGAGCACAUCGUUCGCUAUCUUCAAAUACAUGGCGCUCUACUCGCUCAUUCAAUUCUUCUCAAUCCUGAUUUUGUAUAAUUUCUACUCAAUCCUCGGCAACAACCAGUUCCUGUACAUCGACCUGGUGCUGACGACCCUGCUGGCCCUGUCGCUGGGCCGCGCGUCCCCCGGCCCGGUCCUGACGCGCCAGUCGCCGCCCGUGUCUCUCGUCGCUCUCUCUAGUAUCUUGCCACUCGUCAUACAAGUCUCAUUGGUGCUGCUAAUGCAGAUUGCGUCCAUUUACCUGCUUUAUGCUCAACCUUGGUUCAAACCAGUAGAAGGUGGUCCCGACGUAGAACAAGUGUUGUGCUGGGAGAACACAGUUCUGUUCAUAGUUACUGCAUUCCAGUACUUAAUCAUGGCCUGCGUCUAUGCCAAAGGCUGGCCUUUCCGACAACCUUUCUGCACAAAUUAUUAUAUGAUGAUAACUUUAGUUACUCAGUCAGUGUUCGUGACGUUACUACUGUUAUGCCCGUGGGAGUGGUUGGCACAUUUCAUGGAAGUUGAGGCCAUGUCGUCGGCUGACUCUGAACAAACUAUGUUCCGUAUUUACCUAUUGCUGAUACCUGCCCUUCAUAUUAUACUAGCUAUAGCUAUUGAGGCGAGUCUGUCGGACUCGGAGAAGUUCUCCCGGCUGGCGCGCGUGAUGCGGCGGCGCUGCGACAAGGGGGCCGAGGGCGACGCGGCGCGGCCCCUGUGUGUGCCGCCGCACCUGCAGCUGUGCUGACCGCGCCGCCGCCCCGCCUGCUGGCCGCGGCCGCACUGGGCUGCCUGGACCACGUGGGCUAGCUGACACUACGUACUUCCACUCAUACCGAACGUAGCCAACUUGAUAAGCUAAUGGUGCCACCACCCAGUGUUCCACUCCAUUCUCAUAGGUUAGUUCACAAAACUACUAACUUCCCGCUCGCAACUUGUUACUGGUGAAAACCAUAUAAAAAUCAGCUCAGCAGUUUUCGAGUCUGUCGCAAACACAUACGACUGGGACUUUGUUUUAUAAUAUGUAAGGACAACUUAUCCUAUGCCAUCCAAUCGAUGAUGUUGCCAUCAGUUUUUAUCAGUUAAGUUGCAAUAACUUGACAAGUUAGAUCAUAUUUAUUUUUAAGAGAAUUUAAUGUCAAGUUACUGCAUUUCGUUAUGAGUUGAGGUGUUUGUUGAGUUCGUGACGCACGCCUCUUGGUGAUUCUUCGGAAAAAUUAUAGCAGAAAGACAUCUUAUUCUUAACACAAUGUUAAGUUGUUUAAACCGAAAUAAUCAAGGCAAAAUGUUUCCGAAGGAUCACCUCUCCGGGUCUAUCCCGCCUCAUAGUUACCUUUUUACUCUGUAGUGAUAGUAGAAGACACUGCAACGGUCAGUGUACUUUCCGAAUUGUUUGUACUAUAAUAUUUAUUUAUCAGUCAGCAAAUAACCUUACUGGAAGUUAAGGUGGCUGUUACUUAAUUUAAGUCCCAAUCUAGUAAAAUUACUCUACUGCUGUUCAGAGGAACAAGCGCUAUUUCAUUGGCCGCUGUGCCGUUAGGUUUGAACUAAGACAAGCACUUUGCAAUUAAAAUUCUUUGAAGGAUAUGUAGAAGAUAACAUUUAAUGUGUGUGCUAGUUUUAGUAGAAUCCUAACACUUCGUCGGAUGGUCUUGUUAGCUAAGUGAGAGGCCGUUAAUGCUUUGUCAUUGCGCAAAUUAGGUUCGCCAUCAGAUCAAUAAAAAAGAGCUGGUAUGAUAGAGUGGUUUACCAUUUUUUGUAUUGGUUUGUCAACUUGUCUUGAUGUAUUUGCCCCUUUUUGCGCUACUGCAUGUUGACAUUGCAGUGUCGUUGUAAACUUAGAGACAAGACAAUCAUGACUUCUGCUGUGAUAAAGGAAUUCUCGGAUACUUCCAGCGCUGAAUAUCAUUCACGUGUCUAUGUAACCUUUCUGUACUAUUUUGUUUUAAAAGUAGUUAAAACUCUGAUUACAGUACUUCGUACGUAUGGCUAUAAUUAAACUAUCGAGAACUAUUUAAUUAAAUUAAUCAACUAGAUUAAUAUUUUAAUAUUUAAUUUAACAUGGUUUACUUAUUUUGUAUAGGUUGUGCAAACAUUUUUAUUUUGUACUUAUUUUAAACUAAAUUCAUCAUUUUCAUUAUUGAGUCUGUCAAGUUAUUUUUAUCGGUUAGUAUAAUUAUGGUCGCAAUUGGAAGUAUCAGAAUAUUACUAUGGUCAUCAUCCUUUCUCCUACACGCGUAAACUAUUGAAGAAACUCAGUUUAAAGUUAGAAAAAUAGUGAAACUCUAACAUUUGUUUGUUGCACUCUGCGCCAUAACAAUAGUGUCUAAUAUACUAUAUCUGGUAAAGAGGGUUGUAAUUAAUUAUCUUCAUUAGAGACUUCACGGUCCGCCUAAGUAUAAGCCCCCAUAACCCAACACAUAGAUGAGAACAUACAACUUACCUCUGUCGAUUAAAACAUUCGAAUCUUCUUAGAGAAAUGAUAUCGCAUUAAAUGGGCCAAUGUUGAUCUUUUAAUCAAUAUGUUUAUGCUGGCCAAUCGUAAUGUUUUGUAUUAAAUGGAGUGCCAAAUAACACUUGACAGACUCUUUCCGUAUCCUUUAAAAUGUCUGUUAUCUAUUAAAUAGAAACCUGCAACAGUACAAAACUUGUUAGCCGGUAAAUAAAAAUAGUAAAUUGAAAACUGGCAGAAGUUUACAUUUCACACAUUAACAUAAUCAUGUCAUAUCAUACACAUUCACUAAUGUCUUUUUUUAUUUCUUUUCUCAUAGGCAAUUACCUCUUAUACUUAGUCCAUUUUCGCAACAGUUCAGUAAUGUAUUUAAAGUAUCGUUCUGUCUUAGUGUAGCCAAAGCAGACAGAUAAUACGGUUUUAAGUACUUUACUGAAUUUUCGUCUAAUGGACAUUAUUUCUUUAGUGAAAAAGUAGUCACAAAAUGAUUUGAUUUUUUGCAAUCAAAUGAGUUUGUCUUACUUAUUUUUUUUAUAGUAAUAUUUUACAGAAAUCGAUUUAUAUAGAAAAUGUUGAUCCUUUUAAAUGAAAUCAUAGAAUUAGGAGUAUAAGUUGAAUCCUACUUAUUUUAUUAUUGUAAAUAUAGUUAAAAUUAUGAAUUGAAAUUACGUAUGUUUUGGAUAUGCGCGAUUGGUUUAAGGUGAUUUGUGAUUUUGCAUUUCGCCCGUACUUCACAAAUAUUAAAGAUUUUGCUCAUUUUUAUCUAAGCCACGCUGAUUUGUUAAUGGUCAGGUUCAUAAUAAAACAAUAGUAAGUUUUCUGCUGCAUUGUAUUAUUAUCGUAAAAUACAUUAAAACGUGCAAAAACAGUGAUUAAACUUAUUACUUAUUUUAUGCUUUAACUUAUUUAUUGUGCUACUUAAAUCGUUUUACAAAUUACUUAAAAAUGUAAUAUUAAGUUCUCAUUAGUUACUUCAUAAAUACACUAUCAAAAACGCUAACACUUGUGCGUAAUACAGAUUUUUAUAUCUAUUUUUUAUUUAGUAAUUUAUCUUAUUUAAUAGCUGCAUUUGAAUUGCGUAUACACAUCUUUUAUUCGUAUUUUACUAAUCAUGUAUAUGUUCAUACACCAUUCCUAUUUCAAUCUGUCAUUUCUUAAAUAGAUUUUCAUCUCUAAUGCGUCGCAAUAAAGUUGGAAAUCUAUGAAAUAGUCUUUACAGAUUGUGGUAGGUUGACGGUAAGUCGAGGCUUCAAGGAUCAUAAAACACUAGAUACGUAUUUGAAUUAACGUAAUACAUUUCCAAUUGUUACGUUAAACAAUAGUAUUUUCAAUAAACGUAAGAUAAAAUCCAGUAAGCGAGCAGCAUUCUCUUUACUGUAUUGUAAAAACCAAAGGAACAUAUAAGUGUUAAUCGAAAAUCCAUCUUAUUUGUACGUAUGUAAGUCUAUAAUUAAGUUGUAACAUCUAAGCGAUACAAGUUACUCGCUGUACGCUGGACUAGAAGUAUUACAUCAAUAUUAAAUACUAGGUCGUAGAAAUAAGACAUUUUUUAAUCGGGUUUAAGCGGUAUUAUGAUGCCAAAGCUGCCAAGAUUUCUUAAAAGAUAAUUUGAAAUGGCACUGUAGUUAAAUCAACCUAUUGGAUGAAUAAUGUUUACAGUUUGAUGUGUUUAUUAUAAAAGUACUUAUAUCUAUCUGUAAGUAUAUUGUGUAUGUAUAAACGAUUUGAUAUUACGAAGUGUUGCGAUAAAAAUACAAUCAGCAAUAUUAAUAUCAGGUAUUUGAAAACGAAGCAAGAGUAUUAUGACUCAUUCGUGCGAUGGGAAUCGCUAAUGAGUGAAGUGCGUGAGUAAUAGAUUGCUAAGUCAAUUUAUUAAUGCAAUAUUAGUAAUAUUUAUGUGUUUCAUUAGUCAGAAAUUUCAUUCCUAAUUGUUUAGUACUUAGACGUUUGGUGCUGCGUAUGAUUUAGUACCUUUGGUUCGUAGAUAACAAAUUGUAUGAUACUUAAUAUUAUAUAGAGAAAUACAUUCACAAACACGAAAUAUUUCGGAACUUAUAUUUUUUUGUAAACUUGUUAUUUAUUGAACUGCAUUAUUGUGGUUGUUUUUUAGGCUUUACUGCAAGUAUGUUUAUAUUUCUCGUAUUUUGGAACUUGUUGACUGUUUUUGUGUCCAAUUGUCACAAUAAUGUAGUUCGAUACAGAUUUUACUAAUUGCGACAUUAGAUGGAAUAUGGAUGUAUGACCAAAAAUAUUGGAAUAAAUAUUAAAGAAGUA